AUGGUAAUCGAAAAUAUGGACGCUCAGCACCUUGAAUUCUUCUCUCGCAACGCACCUGAGGAAGAAGUUCCCAGCAGUCUUCGCUCCUGGACUGGAUGUUGUACAAAGUCAAAAGCUAAACUCGCUCUGAAGCCUGACUCCGAGCCUGUCUUCCUGAAGGCUCGCCCGGUGCCCUAUGCUGCUAUGCCAAGGAUUUCAACCGAAAUCGAUCGGUUGGUGUCUAUGCAUGUGCUGGAGCCCGUUGAUGACUCAGAAUGGGCAGCACCCAUCGUCGUCGUUCAGAAGAAAAAUGGAUCGAUCCGCCUCUGCGCAGACUACUUAACCGGACUGAACGAUGCACUGGAACAAAACCAGCAUCUGCUUCCAACCCCAGAGAACCCUACCUUCACGAAACUCAACGGAGGACGCUACUUUUCACAGCUCGACUUUUCCGAAACAUAUCUCCAACUGGAAGCGAACGACGUCUCAAAGCAGCUACUCACUAUCAACACGCACCGUGGACUGUAUCGCUUCAACCGACUACAAUUUGGAGUGAAACCAGCUCCUGGUAUAUUCCAACAAUGUAUGGAUGCUCUUAUCGCUGGAUUAGAUGGAACUGCCGCCUAUCUGGUCGACAUAUUGGUUACUGGUAGAACCAUCGGCGAACACAAUGCCCGACUAGAGGCCGUACUCAAGCGGAUUCAAGACUACGGAUUCCGCUUUCGACUCGACAAAUGUGCUUUCCUGCAGACGGAGAUCACUUACCUUGGGUUCGUCAUCAACGCGCAAGGACGACGCCCCGAUCCUGGAAAGAUUAAAGCUAUCCAGAAGAUGCCCGCCCCUAAGGACGUCAGUCAACUUCGCUCUUUUCUGGGACUCAUCAAUUUCUACGGAAACUUCGUCAAGGAUCUCCACAAUCUACGCGCUCCUUUGGACGCUCUUACGGAAAAGGAUGUUGUCUACACAUGGACAUCGGAGUGCCAGUCUUCUUUCGACAAGAUUAAGGCAGUCCUAAGCUCAGAUCUCCUGCUGACCCACUUUAACCCAAGUCUCCCGAUCAUCGUUGCCGCUGAUGCUUCAAAUUACGGAAUGGGAGCAACCCUCUCACAUCACUUCGCAGAUGGAUGCGAGAAGGUCAUUUAUCACGCAAGCCGUUGCCUGACAUAA